AUGCACAACAGGAAGUGGAAAGUGCUAGGCUUGUUUGAAGACGACCUUACCUCAACGACUCUUCUACCGCCAAAUGUGAGGGUGUUUGUGGCUACAAUCCCAUCUAGCCGACCAAACAAUAAAAUCAAAAUCAUACUCGCGGUCAGAAUCACCACGUACCAUUUUCACUCACACUCUGUCAAAACUCGAUUUCGCUUGCUCAGCAAGGCAAAGUCAUUACGUACCAACUGCGUACUUUUCUCAUCCUUGAGUCUUGUGCGCAUGGAUCCUUCACUGAUUCCUUCAUCAUCCAUCUUGAUCAGUGAUCUUUGUUGUAUCCAUCGAUGCUCGACAUUUCCCUUGUUGAAUGUACCUUACACCGUUCUGCAGGACUCCCGUCAGUGA